AUGACGUUGAAAAGGGAUUUAAUUUAUUUUCUUGUAUUUUCAGUGGUCGUUCUAUUCCUACUUUUCACCUACGUAUCAGAGAAAUCGGUGGUGGAUGUUGAACCAUUCGCCGAAAAAGAUCCGUCCAUUUUCGAUAGUACCAAUCUUUCAAAUUCUGUCUGCUUGAAUCAAAAUGACACUGAUGAAAUACGCUACCUUGCAUACCUUCCACACGGUACUUUCCACGAGCAACUUACGAGUCUAGAGAACGCAAUAUUUUUGGCUUGGGCAACCAAUCGUACUUUAUUGUUGCCGCCCAUAAUCUUUGGCAGAGAGAUUUUAAUAUACAAGCCCUCUUACUAUUUAUAUAAAGACCUGAUUGCUCUAAAAUUGUAUAAUGAAAACAACAGCGAAUGCGUCUGGGAUUCUGAACAUGCCAAAUGCUCAAAGGAAGUUCAACCUGGACUACACACUCUUGUGAGCUGGGAUGUCUUGAUGGAUAUGAAAUUUCCAAAAGAACAAGUCAGAGUAAUUUCGCGAGAGAGCUCUGACUUUCCUGGCCUUUACUCUUUUAUUAAUAUCACCGAUUUCGGAGGUCAGACUCACUUCAUUCCUGACAAGGAGCUAUAUGAUUACCAAUUUUAUGAUGGUUUGAAGAAUAAGUCGUCCGACCAUAAAUAUAAGUAUAUGAUUCACUUGUGUACUCUACAAAACCGAAAUGAACUUCUUCUGCAUUUUGGAUCUCUAUCCGGGAUCGAUCGGCUGAACUUGGAAUUGGAUCGUAACGACGAAUUUCAGAAAGAGCUUCAAAAUCAUAUGUUGAUUGGUCACCCGGAGGUACUUAAUGCCGCGGAAUUAAUCAUUAUACAAUUAGGUGGCCCGGCAAGUUACUUAGGCGUGCACGUUAAUUUAUCAAGUCAUAUAUCUGACGACGACGCAGAACCUAUAAUGGAUGAAUUAAUCAAAAAGAUACUGACCAAUUCAUCACCAGAAGUGAAUAAUAAUAAUAAUACCUUAUUCGCUCGAGAGCCUUCUUUCCAACCGACUUCAACACAAAUCUUGGCAUCAAGGUGCAUCGAAUCACUUCCACCGGAGAAGAGACAUUUUCCGAUAAUAUAUCUCUCAACGAAUUUAAUGAGGUCAGAUCACCGACUAUCAAAAUUUUUUGAAGAAUUUCCUUGCGCGUUCGUGUUAUCUGAUUUUCAAGGUUGGAUUGAACCAUUGAAGAAUAUUACAAAUCCCAUGGAUAAUGUUGAUUUAUUUGAAUUUCUUUUACCUCUCGUUGACACUGUUGUUGUGUCAAGGAGUGGCCAAAUUUUCAAAACGGGGGAUAGCGCGUUCGAUGAUUACGCGCAAAGGUUGCAUGAAAUUUGGCAAUUUUCAGACAAAAUGUUUUCAUCUUUGACUCGAAGAAUUAAUCCGAUAAUCUCAAUCACUCGAAAUGUUCCUCCUCCCUCAAGCCUCCCAACUUAUAUUUUUCCAACCGGAUUUUCGAGUUCGAACUUGUCCGCAACACAUCUAAUCACACCACAAAUCAAUGCUACAAAUAUCUUUUGGUCCUCUCAAGUUCGAUUUAGAGCGUACGGAAGGGAGUAUCAGCCGAGCAACUUUGUGAGAAAACGUAGGCACGGAUUUAUGAAUAGAUUAAGAACCAAAUCUGGUCGAAAAGUAUUGUACAGAAGGCGUCUAAAGGGUAGAAAAUACCUGUCUCAUUAA